AUGCCCAGGAUCUCAGACCUCACUGACACCCCUUCCCUCAGCAUCUUCCUCAAACAGGCCCCCUCACCUGAGAGCUCUGACAGCCCUCCCAGUGACUCCCUCUUCCUCAACUUCUUCAACAGCUGCUUUCCACCACUGUGCUCCCACCCCCUCCACACCUCUCCAAGGAUGGCUGGUGUGCAUCAUACACACAACCACAACAAGUCCAAUGCCAUGAUUACAGAUGUUCUACUCCCAACAAACACUUCGUCAAAGAAGGGGAAAGGGAACAAGGAGAACCUGCCUGCCCUAUUUCAUGAUGCCACCUCUGUUGUGCUUGCCCUCUCCACUGAGGAUGACCUCAAUGAAGACCCCAUUGAAACCCUGGUAGAGCCCAAGAAGCAUGCCCUGUCAGUAUCUGAUAUUGAAGAAGACAAGCCCCCACCCAAGCACACCAAGAAGCAGCCUCUCAAGCAGCUCAACAAUGGCCUUGACUUGCAGAAGUUCCUCUCCAAGAAGAAGUCAAAGAAGGAAGAACUUAUUGAGGCAAAUGUGAGGAUUGUAGAGUUUGGGGCAAUCAUUAUGUCUAUGAAAGAUAUGUCUUGA